CGCAGCUCGCUCCUCUCCCUCUCCGCCUCCGUCCCCCCGCAGCCCCGCUCCGUCUCCCUCUCCGCUCGGCUCCCCUUCCCGUCUCUCGUCUCCCUCUCCGUGGCGGGCUGGGCCGGGCCUGACUUUUGGUGGCCAGGCCCGGUACCCGGCCCGGCAAUAUUAUGGGGCCGGGCCCGGGCUUGGGCUUCAGGCCCGGGCCGGGUCUUAGCGGGCCGGGCCGGCCCGGCCUGACGCGAUGCCCACCCUAAUGGGACCCGCGCGUGGAGGGCCGUAGAUGGAUUCUCCUUGAAUCCCUCUCGAUUGAAUUUCGGUUGAUCGUGGCGAAACAUGUAACAAGCGUCGCAUCGAAGCGGGCGAAUAGCCGCUAUACAUUUUUGUCGGAGCGUAACGCAUGACCGUCUGCCGAAGGCCGUUCCCUGCUCUAAUAUCCAUCACCGUCGGAAAGAGUAGCGUCCGGCGAGUGGCAGCCAUGUCAGCAAACCCUAGAUCCUUCAGGGGCGGCAGAAGAAGCAGCGAGGGCGGAAGAAGGGGCGGUGGUAGCGGUGGUCGAGGGGGACGCGGCAGCGGCGAGCAGAGAUGGUGGGAUCCUGUUUGGAGAGCGGAGAGACUGAAACAAAUGAACGGGGAGGUCGAAAAUCUGAAUGAGAACGAGUGGUGGACUAAGAUGGAGCAACUGAAACUGGGAGGAGAGAAGGAAAUAAUCGCAAAACGAAACUAUGGGCGUGAAGGACAGCGUACACUUGAACAGAUGGCUCAAAAGCUUGGUCUUUACUUCCAUGCAUAUAAUAAGGGAAGAACAUUUGUCGUAAGCAAGUUGCCUUUGCCAAACUAUCGAGUAGACUUGGACGACCGGCAUGGAUCUACAAGGAAAGAGAUUAACAUGUCUACAGAGACUGCAAGAAGAGUUGAUUGUCUUUUGGGUAGCUCUUCAAAAGCACCUCAGAAUGAUGAGUCUCAGAAUGUUUCUACUCAAAGAAGCAUGCAGUCUUCCACUUUUGCUGCAACGAAAUCCAGUAGCACAGCUGCAAGGGACAUUGCAAGGGAGACGGCUAAUAAUGAUCUACGAGAAAAGCUACAACUCCUGAAGGCAGCCCCUGCUUAUAGAGCUAUGCAGUCUUUUCGGGAGAAGUUGCCUGCUUACAAUGUGAGGACUGAAUUUCUAAAAGUAGUCGCAGCAAACCAGGUCCUAGUAGUUUCUGGUGAGACUGGCUGUGGCAAAACUACACAGUUGCCACAGUUUAUCCUAGAAGCAGAAAUUGACUCUUUCCGUGGGAUGAGCUGUAAUAUAAUAUGUACACAGCCACGCCGUAUAUCUGCUAUAUCUGUUGCUGCACGUAUUUCAACUGAAAGAGGUGAAGACCUCGGUGAAACUGUGGGCUACCAGAUCCGCUUGGAAGCAAAGCGUUCUGCUCAAACACAGCUUCUAUUUUGUACAACUGGCGUCCUUCUUCGUCGCCUAGUUCAGGAACCAGAAUUAUCUGGUGUCAGCCAUUUGUUAGUGGAUGAAAUACAUGAAAGAGGAAUUAAUGAGGACUUCCUGUUAAUCAUCUUACGUGAUCUUCUUCCUCGGCGUCCAGAUUUACGGCUUAUUUUAAUGAGUGCCACAAUCAAUGCUGAACAUUUCUCCAAAUAUUUUGGAAAUUCUCCUACAAUUCACAUACCGGGCUUCACUUUUCCAGUAAAGGAAGUGUUUCUAGAAGACUUGCUGGAAAAAACUCGUUACUGCAUCAACGAGUCAGAAUCUGACAACUUUCAAGGAGCUGGUAGGAGAAGGAAACAGAUGGAAGGGAAGAGAGAUCCAGUGACUGAUUUAUUUGAGGAAGUUGAUAUUAGUUCUCAUUAUAGAAACUAUAGUGCAAGUACGCGACGCUCCCUGGAAGCAUGGUCUGGUAGUCAACUUGAUUUAGGUCUUGUCGAGUCAACAAUAGAGUACAUAUGUCGAUCUGAAGGGGCUGGAGCAAUUCUUGUGUUUCUUACUGGCUGGGAUGAGAUAUCCAAGCUACUUGAGAAAAUUAAAGAAAACAGAUUUUUGGGAAAUCCUAGCAGAUUUUUAAUUCUUCCUUUACAUGGUUCUAUGCCUACCAUAAAUCAGCGUGAAAUAUUUGAUAGACCACCAAGUGGCACAAGAAAAAUUGUGCUUGCAACAAAUAUUGCAGAAAGCAGUAUCACAAUUGAUGAUGUAGUGUAUGUAAUAGACUGUGGAAAAGCAAAAGAAACAAGCUAUGAUGCUCUUAACAAGCUAGCAUGUUUGCUACCAUCAUGGGUAUCAAAAGCAUCAGCUCAUCAGAGGCGUGGUCGUGCAGGGCGUGUUCAACCUGGUAUUUGCUUUCGGUUGUACCCAAAAUUGAUCUAUGAAGCAAUGUCAGAAUAUCAGCUUCCAGAGAUUCUUCGGACCCCACUCCAAGAACUCUGCUUGACCAUUAAAAGCUUACAGCUUGGAUGCAUUAGCUCGUUCUUAGCCAAAGCCCUUCAGCCACCUGAUCCUUUGUCUCUGCAAAAUGCGAUUGACCUUCUGAAAACUAUAGGGGCUUUUGAUGAUAUGGAAGAACUCACCCCACUGGGGCGUCAUCUUUGCACUUUGCCUUUGGAUCCAAAUAUUGGGAAAAUGCUGCUGUUUGGGUCCAUCUUUCAAUGUUUGGAUCCGGCACUAACCAUUGCUGCAGCUUUAGCACAUCGUGAUCCAUUUGUCCUUCCAAUAAAUAGAAAAGAAGAAGCUGAUGAAGCAAAACGAUUCUUUGCUGGUGACUCUUUCAGUGAUCACAUUGCACUUCUCAAAGCAUUUGAAAGUUGGCAACAUGCUAAACGUGAUGGCAAAGCACGUGAUUUUUGUUGGAGAAACUUUUUAUCUCCUACAACAAUGCAGAUGAUAGAGGACAUGAGGAACCAGUUCUAUGAUCUACUCUCUGAUAUUGGAUUUGUUGAUAAAGCACGAGGAAUGAAGGCAUACAAUCUUUAUAGCAUGGAUAUAGAGAUGAUAUGUGCCACCCUCUGUGCUGGGUUAUAUCCUAAUGUGCUGCAAUGCAAACGAAGAGGAAAAAGGACAGCAUUCUACACUAAAGAUGUUGGUAAAGUGGAUAUCCAUCCAUCAUCCGUCAAUGCUGGGAUUCAUCUUUUCCCGCUGCCAUAUAUGGUUUUCAGUGACAAGGUGAAGACUACUAGCGUAUUCGUGAGGGGUUCAACUAAUAUAUCAGAUUAUACUCUGCUGAUGUUUGGAGGCAAUCUCAUGCCUAGCCGAAGUGGAGAAGGCAUCGAGAUGCUUGGAGGCUACCUUCAUUUUUCUGCUUCCAAGAGCGUAUUACAACUGAUACAGAGGUUGAGAGGUGAACUUGAUAGGCUUCUUCAGAAGAAAAUCGAGGAUCCUGAGGUAGACAUUACUGCAGAAGGAAAGGGGGUUGUAGCUGCUGUUGUGGAAUUGUUACAUAGCCAAAAUUUACAAGAAACGUAUGGUUAUAGACGCCACUGACUGAUAUGUGCUUAGGAAAGUAUAGUGUCUUGGUUUAUCGGUCAAGUUGCUCUUGGAGCUACUCGUUUUCUGUUGUUCUUAAAUUAUGAUCAUCAUGGUCUGGUUCCUUAACACACCUGGCAUCCACGGUCUGUCUGAUAAGUCAUGCUACAAGUACUUAGAACUUCCUGUGCUGUAGUUGCUUCAUCAUUAGAUUCUACUUUUAUAGCUAUUUGGAAUUCAGAAACUGUCCUGACUGACCAGUGAAAGGUUUUGGUUCAUCAGCUUCAGAAUCUUCAGCUCCAAAAUGGGCCUUGUAUGCAUAUUAUAUUUGACCUUCAUAGGAAGUCUAUCUAUUCCACACCAGAAAAUAUUUUUAUCUGCAUGAAUGAAAGCAGAUUGAGUUUAUUUGACCUAUUACAGAAAAAAUAAUGAAAUAUGGAAAAGAAUGUACCAUAUGCUUUUUCCUCUAAA